GGUACUACUAAACAAAAUGGCUGCACGUGCAGAGUGGGAGGAAAGCUAAACGAGAAGCUAAAGCCAAAAGGUCUUGCAGGGUAGACAAUGGAGGAUCAAGUGGAAGUUGCGGGAGAGGAUCGGGAAAAAGCCGUGCAAUCUCCCAGCGGUAGUGGCUCCAUUGCGCAGGAAGACCAGCCGCUGCAGCAGCAGGCUUUUGCAGAGGGAGCUAGUGAGGCUGCACAGACCGCCAAUUCAGAUUCCACCAUCACGUCAGACUCCGAGGAGCCAGUUUUGCUUGUAAAGAGGUGUACAGUUCUGGGUGGGCUAACUGAGGAGAAAUGGGCGGAAGACCACUACAGAGUCAUAAGAGGGUUCCUCUCAGACCCAAAUGUGCCUCUCCUUCUCCUCUACAUUGAUCCAACCACUGAAGAGCUUUGCUUGACAAAUGCAAUCCCCCCAGCAGAGAUCGAGCAAGCAUCGUACUUUGUACGGGCCAACAAUGUUUCAGUUUCGGGGAGAAACUUCCACCAAGUACUGCGGAUGGGAAUGGUGCAUGGAAAUUAUAUCCCUGCUCUAAUGAGAGUGAUGCAGGCGAUAUAUGCACCGAGUUUCUUCGAGAAUCGAGUCUGGCCUGACACAAUGAGGAAUGAGUUCUCGGGUCAGCUGCACAAGUUCAUGGCUCGUCUAACUGAUGCCCAGCACAAGGUCGUGGGUCAUACUGUGCUCUACGUCCCCGACGAAGGCACUGCUAUGGAAGCCAAAGACGCUCACACUGACAAGGACCUUGUCCAGCGACUGGAAGUUGUGGUAAUUCACUGGACAAGGCAAAUCAAAGAGCUACUUUCAAGCCAGGAGUCGCUCGACACCUCCACCAGCUCCGGCCCUCUAGAGGAAAUAGAGUUCUGGCGAGCACGCUGUGAAGACUACUCGAGUCUAACGCGCCAACUUGAGCAGCCGGGGGUGAAGAAAGCGAUCAGGAUUGCCCAGAGAGCAAAGUCGUCCUACGUCGAACCCUUUCAGAAGCUUUCGAGGCAAAUACAGGAUAGCCAACUGCGAGCAGAGAACUGCCUGAAGUUCAUCUCCCUACUCCAAGGUCCCUGCGAGGAACUGAAGGCGGCACAGCCUUCGGCAAUCCCUGCCCUUCUUCCUCGGUUGCUCACCACGAUUCGCAUCAUCUGGAACAACUCGGAGCACUACAAGAGCCGAGAAAGACUCAAUGGCCUUCUCAGAAGAGUGAGCAGUGACAUCAUCAAGCAGUGUUGCCAGAAGAUUGUGCUGGACGACCUUUUUGAAGGACGCGUGGAGAAAAGCAAAGCAGCUCUUGAGGAGAGCCUGGGUUGCUGCCAUCAAUGGAAAGACAUAUACACACACACCAGCAAAGUCCACAAUACUUUCUCUAAUGAAGGAUGGGUGCUGGACGAAUCCAGCAUUUUUGCAGAGAUUGAUGCCUUCAUCCAGCGGUGUAAGGACCUCAUGGAAGUGGCGGAAGGGCAGAUUCACUUCGGAAGGUGGUGUGAAGGAAAGAGAAGACCUAUUCCAUGCUUUGGGGGUUGUCGCGGGCCUGAGGUCACUCGAACCAUAAAGGAAAUAGAGCACACCUUCAGCAGACACCUUUCAGGUUUGAAAGCAGUGCGACACACAAUUCUGGAUGUCCAGUCCACCAUUUGGCACGACGAGUACCUCAAGUUCAGGACUGGCACUAAAGAGCUCGAGGUAAUGGUGCAGAACCUGAUAAACGGGAUCUUCUCGACCAUCACUACUGUCCAAGAGGGCGUCGAAAUACUGGAGAUCUUUUCAGAUAUGGGCUCACGUGAGCUCAUCAGGAGGGUGAUAGACAAGCAGACGGUUGAGCUGUAUGCCAUGUUCACCCAGGAAAUCAACCACGUGAAGAGGGUGUUCAGCCGGCAGGCUCCUGUCGCCCCUCGCUCCCAGCCCCACUAUGCCUGUCAGGCAGCCUGGGCCAGGCUUCUCAAACGACGUAUUGACACUCCAAUGAAGGCUCUAGAGGGGGCCUACUUCUUGUAUGAGAAGGGGGUAGGGGAAGAGUCGCAGGUGAGCUACCAGGGACUGGCUCAGAGUCUGGAUGAGUUCAUCGGAAAGACCUUCAGCGACUGGGCUGACACCGUGGACAGAGAGCUACAGGGAUCAGGGAUGUUGACUAGUAACUUCAGCAAGACACUCCAGAAGCUGCUCAACGAAAUGAGGUGCUGGGAGAGGCUGAGAUUCGAGAUACCCCACUUUGCUACCAGCAUCUACCAGUUGUCAGAGCAGCUCCGCGUGCUGAGGGAGAAUGUCAUGCUGAUCGUUCGAGACUACAACAGAAUCAUCGGCAGCCUCCAACCGCACGAGAGAGCCCUUUUCAAAGAGAGAAUCAGGUCCAUCGACAAGAAGAUUCGACCGGGGAUGGUCAAGCUGACCUGGGCCUCUGAAGGCAUACUGGAGUACGUCACGGAGUGCAGACUCCACGCACAGAGAGUCAGAGCGCUCAUCGACAGUUACAAGGCGUCGAAUCGCUACGUCGCGCAGAAGUGUCGCGAAAUGAGCACUCUCCUGAUGGUGAGGGUCACGGGGAAGAAAGUCUACGAGGAGAACGGGUUUCGGGUUGAGCAGGAGCAGCACUGCGCCUCUGUCAGGCAGAAACUCCACAAGCUACAUGACGAUAUCUACAAAGCACUCUUUAGAACAGCCGAGGUGUUUGCUGCGGAUGGUGGUGACGUCAAGAAGCAGGUGGAGAAGUAUGCGCAGAGAAUGGAUAUGAUGGUGGAAGAGGCUCUGAGACUGAAUGUCAAGUGGUCGUUGCAGGAGCUGGCCAGAGCUGUCAGCAGCGAUGGAAGCACCACCAUCAACCCACUCUUCAAAGUCAAAGUCAUGCUCACUUCUCAGCCCAUCCACAAGGUGGUUGAAAGUGAUGAAGAGGUUGGUAAGAUACAGGCUGGUAUUGUGUCGACCAUGGCUGCAACUGCUCACAAACUCACCGAGGAAUACCCUCUCAUUUGGAAGGACUUCAAGAUGAUAUGGGAGGCCCAGAAGGACGUAUUUUUCAGACGCUGGCGCAACCAGGACCCGAAAGUGGUCGAUUUUGACAGUUCCAUAUCGCAGUACAUCGAACUCAGCAACAAGGUCCAGCAAAAAGACACUAUCACUUCCGUGGAGUUUGUCCUCCUCGACUGCUCCGCGCUCAAGUACGGAAUCAUAGCCCACUGUGACGAGUGGCAGAACAGGUUCCACGCUCUGCUCCACGAAAUGGCCUCAAACAAGUUGAACGGAAUAUAUGCCUCCAUCGAAGAGAACACAAAAAGACUGAAGGCACCUCCUGAAACCCUAGACCAACUCGGAGGCAGUCUUCUUCUCCUGGACCAGCUACAGGGUGAGAUGGAGGCCACUGAGAACGAAUUCGAGCCACUCCAGGACAUGUUCAAGAUUCUCAGCAAAUAUGAAGUCAUGAUUCCAGAAGCUGAUGAAGUGAAACUAGAGGGGCUGCCUCACGCCUGGGUCACCUUUCAACAGUGCCUCAUUGACUCAACGGCAAUGCUGAAGAAACACAAGGAGAAGUUCAGAACAGGGCUACUAAACUCUGCCGAAGACUUCAAGAAGAACAUCGGAGCUCUGGCAGAGGAAUUUGAGACCAACGGACCGUUCAGCGACACCACCUCAAUCUCACAAGCCCUUGCCUACAUCUCCUCCAUGAGGGAGCAGCUUGGGGCCCUGAAGGCCGAAGAGGAUUCCCUUCGUAAGGGACUGGGUAUAUUCAAGAUCGAACAAUCGCCUUCUCACCCUCUCCAAGCAAUGGAGAAGGACCUAGACUACCUGGAACAGAUCUGGGACCUGACUCAGGAGUGGGAGAUGGCGUGGGACACGUGGAAAGGUGGCAGAUUCCAGGAACUGCAGACCGACGAUAUGGGUAUUCAGGCCCAAGGCAUGCUCAAGAAACUCACCAAACUAGCCCGAGAAGUCAAGGAUAAGGUGAACUGGACAAUAUGUGGGAGUCUCCGAGGACGAAUCGAAACGUUUAAGAUGACAAUGCCACUCAUUCAAGACCUGAAGAACCCAGCCAUGAGGGACAGACAUUGGCUACAACUGCAGGAGGAAGUGCAGAAACCGUUCGAUCACGCCAGUGCUGACUUUACUCUGGAGAAGCUGGUUGAGAUCGGACUAGACCAGCAUGCUGAGUUGGUUGGAGACAUAUCCAGUGCUGCCAGCAAAGAACUCGCCAUUGAGCAGGCCAUACAAGCCAUUGCUGACCAGUGGAAGGAACUGUAUCUGGAAAUCCCCCCGCACAAAGACAGGGGCCACUUCAAACUAAAAGCAUCAGAGGAGCUGUUCCAGAUACUGGAAGACAACCAAGUCACUCUGUCCACGAUGAAAGCCUCUCGCUACGUGAAGGCGUUUGAGAAGGAUGUGGACUACUGGGAGAGGACCCUGUCCCACAUUCUUGAGGUCAUUGAGAUGGUGCUUCAGGUCCAGCGCCAGUGGAUGUAUCUUGAGAACAUCUUCAUUGGUGAGGAUAUCAGAAAACAGCUACCAAAGGAGUCGGCUAAUUUUGAUGGAGUCAAUGCAGACUGGAAGAGUGUGAUGACUAGGAUGCACAAGGACAACCACGCCCUCAGAGCCACUCACCAUGAAGGUUUGCUGGAAAAGCUGAACAAGAUGAACACCACGCUCGAGGCCAUCCAGAAAUCACUGGACAUGUACCUCGAGACCAAGAGACAGUGCUUCCCAAGAUUCUACUUCCUCUCCAACGACGACCUGCUGGAGAUACUGGGACAGUCCAAGAACCCUGAAGCAAUCCAGCCUCACUUGAAGAAGUGUUUCGACAACAUAAAGACCCUGGACAUAUCGCGCACGCUCGGCCAGCACGAAGCAACACACAUGAACUCCUCUGAAGGAGAAAAGGUCCAGUUCAAGACUCCAGUUCGACUUGAAGGAGUGGUGGAGGGUUGGCUAUGUGUUGUCGAGGACACGAUGCACAAGUCACUGAAAGAGGUUCUCAGAGCGAGUCGCCUAGACCUCAAGAAACACCUCAACAAGAGAGAGAAGUGGGUCCGUGAAUGGCCCGGACAGGUGAUAAUCACAGCGAGUCAGAUACAGUGGACGGCUGACUGCGAGAAGGCACUGGACAGAGGUGACAAGAAGGGGCUCAAAGGAAAUCUCUCGAAAAUGGAACGACUCAAGCUUGUGGCUCUCGUGACAAUUGAGGUCCAUGCUCGUGAUAUCAUCGAGAAGCUUCUAAAGGCCCACUGUGAGAGUAGGAAUGCCUUUGAGUGGCAGCAGCAGCUUCGAUUCUACUGGGAGGAUGAUGACUGUGCUAUUAGACAGACAAACACCCUCUUCCACUACGGAUAUGAGUACUUGGGAAACUCUGGGCGAUUGGUCAUCACCCCACUGACCGACAGGUGCUACAUAACGCUGACCACGGCUCUCCACCUGCACCGUGGAGGCAGUCCCAAGGGCCCGGCAGGCACAGGGAAGACUGAGACAGUCAAAGACUUGGGGAAAGGGCUGGGGAUGUAUGUUAUUGUCAUCAACUGCUCUGAGGGUCUGGAUUACAAGUCAAUGGGUCGAAUGUUCAGUGGACUGGCUCAGGCCGGGGCCUGGGGCUGUUUCGAUGAGUUCAAUCGUAUCAACAUCGAGGUCCUGUCGGUGGUGGCCCAGCAGAUCCUGUCCAUCCUCCAGGCCCUCGGCCAACAGGCGGAGAGGUUUAUGUUCGAGGGCAACGUUAUCAAACUGACUCCCACCUGCGGCGUUUUCAUCACCAUGAAUCCCGGUUAUGCUGGAAGGACUGAGCUACCAGACAACCUGAAGAGUAUGUUCAGACCCAUUUCCAUGAUCGUUCCUGAUUCAGCCAUGAUCUCUGAGAUUGUCCUCUUUGGCGAAGGCUUUCUCCAAUGCAAGGUCUUGGCAAGGAAGGUUAACACGCUCUACCGACUGGCAGUCCAGCAGCUCUCGAAACAGGACCACUAUGACUUCGGUCUGAGAGCUCUGGUGUCAGUACUAAAGUAUGGAGGACGGAAGAAGAGAGGGAACCCUGACAUGCCAGAUGAAGAGGUGCUUCUCCUAGCCAUGAAAGAUAUGAACGUAGCCAAACUGACGGCAGCUGAUCUUCCACUCUUCAAUGGCAUCACAGCCGAUCUCUUUCCCGGUGUAGACGUUCCCAUACUUGACUAUGGCAUAAUGAAUGAUGCCAUUGAGAAGGAGCUAAAGAUAGCCAACCUUCAAAACAUCGAGAUCACGGUCACAAAGAUAAUCCAGCUCUACGAGACGAAGAACUCAAGGCAUGGAGUGAUGAUUGUUGGACAGACCGGCAGUGGAAAGUCAGUUACGUGGAAAAUGUUGAAGAAGACACUCACUAGACUCCACAAGGAAAGGAAAGGGUUGGGCUACCAGAUUGUCAGGGAUUACCCAAUAAACCCCAAGUCCCUGUCACUGGGCGAACUGUAUGGAGAAUUUGAACUCAGCACCAAUGAGUGGACCGACGGAGUCCUAUCUAGUGUCAUGAGACAGACUUGCAUUGAUGAAAAACCGGAUGAGAAGUGGAUUGUUUUUGACGGACCAGUCGACACUCUCUGGAUCGAAUCGAUGAACUCGGUUCUUGACGACAACAAAGUCCUGACUCUCAUCAAUGGAGACAGAAUAUCAAUGCCUGAGCAGGUAUCGUUGCUGUUUGAAGUGGAGGAUCUUGCGGUGGCGUCACCAGCAACUGUCUCACGAUGUGGAAUGGUCUACAACGACUGGCAGGACCUCGGAUGGCAGCCGUUUGUCUGGUCCUGGCUGAACCACAGAGCCAAGGGAGAGGCAAAACUGGUCGAAAUCCUGCGACGGAUGUUCGACAAGUAUGUGGAGAAAGUGUUAGAGUUUCGGCGGAAGAACUGUAGAGAGCUGGUCCCCACGAGUCACCUGAAUGCCGUUGCAUCUCUCUGCUAUCUACUGGAUGCCUUGAUCACACAGGACAAUGGGGUUGACCCGUCUGACAUGGAAACCUUCGAGACAAUGGUGGAGCAGUGGUUUCUCUUCUCUGUCAUCUGGUCCCUGUGUGCCGGGGUGGACGAGGAUGGCAGGAAGAAGAUGGACAGCUUCAUACGGGAGAUGGAGGGACAGUUUCCACCAAAGGACUCCGUCUAUGAGUACUAUGUGGACGUGAAGACUCGGACCUGGGUUGCUUGGGAGGAUAAGCUGAAGGGGACUUGGAGAUACCCCAGCAAUAUGCCAUUCUACAAGAUAUUGGUACCAACUGUGGACACACUGCGCUACAACUUCCUGGUCCACAACCUGAUCACCCAAGGUCGACCCGUUUUACUGGUCGGACCUGUCGGAACUGGAAAAACCAGUGUUGCACAGGGAGUCCUCCAGAAACUGGAUCCUGCACAAUACAACCUUCUCACCAUAAAUCUCUCGGCACAGUCGUCCAAUAAUGUGCAGGAGAUUAUUGAGGGAAAAGUCGAGAAACGAACCAAAGGUGUAUACGUCCCAGUUGGAGGGAAGAAGCUGCUUGCUUUUCUCGAUGACCUCAACAUGCCGGCAAAAGACGAGUACGGCUCUCAGCCCCCACUCGAGCUGGUGAGGCAAUGGAUCGACUACGGCUUCUGGUACGACCGCCUCAAACAGACCACCAAAAGAAAUCAGAGUGAGACUGCAAAUUUAUUUGCGGACCCCCUAGAUUUGACCCCCUGGUUUCUUGCCCCCUCCUCGCAGUCUAUGUUCCUACUGGCAGCGAUGGGUCCUCCUGGUGGCGGUAGAAUGGUCAUCUCAAAACGACUUCAGAGCAGAUUUAACCUCAUCAACAUGACCUUCCCUCAGGAGAGCCAGAUUCGCCGUAUUUUUGGCACGAUGAUCAACCAGAAGCUGCAGGACUUUGACGAAGACGUCAAGCCGCUGGGAGAUCUCAUGACGCAGGCCACCAUUGAGGUGUACAACUUCAUCUCCACUCGCAUGCUGCCGACUCCUGCAAAGAUUCACUACCUCUUCAACAUGAGAGACAUCUCAAAGGUUUUCCAGGGGCUUCUCAGAGCACACAAGGACUACCACGACACCGGGAAGAACAGGCCAGAUGAGUCCUGCGUGGGUUAUAUCCGAAAGCUGUACUACCAGGCGGGUGUCGAUAACAAGCCCACAGUCUUUCUGUUCACCGACACGCAAGUCGUUGAGGAGACCUUUCUUGAGGAUAUCAACAACAUACUGUCUAGUGGAGAGGUGCCUAAUCUCUACAAACCUGACGAAUUUGAAGAGCAACCAACUAGGAACUCAGCUAAGAUUCUGAUUACCUCAUCACAGGUGCGGCAGGCUCUUGCUACCGCUGCAAAGAAAGAUGGGAUCCAGGACACACCUGACUCAAUGGUUGCCUACCUCGUUGAGAGGGUCAGAAACAACCUCCACGUCAUUCUCUGCAUGAGUCCUGUCGGCGAACCGUUCCGGAAUCGGCUACGUAUGUUCCCGGCGUACGUGAACUGUACCACGAUCGACUGGUUCUGUGAGUGGCCCAAGGACGCUCUCCUUGAAGUAGCCACGAAAGGUUUGGAAGAUGUCCAGCUUGCGGCAGGGACGGAAGAAAAGGACGUCGCUGAUCUGCAGAAGAACGUUGCGAAAAUCUUCAUGACAAUGCAUCGUUCAGUCGUAGAAAUGUCUGAGAGAAUGCUCUUUGAGAUGAAGCGCCACAAUUAUGUCACUCCCACCAACUAUCUUGAGCUGGUUUCUGGCUACAAAGUGUAA